AUUGUGUUGUGUGGCAAAUUGGCAACUGCCGGGUGACAUUUCGUGAGUCAAGAUGGCAGCCUCCUUCGUCCGCUGCAAACCAGGAUUAUGUCCUCAAAUGUUGAGGCUUUUGUUGUCACAGUCCCGAAAAACAAAAUUGUUGCCUUUAGGAUGCCAAAGAAUUGCCUUGUCUGCCACGUCCAACUCCCAUGCCCAGCUGUCUUUGCGGCUGUACUCGGAUGCGGCUCCUAGCUCUGCUGUGAAAGCCACUGAUGCACAAGUCAAUGUACAGCCAGUACUCUCUGAUGAUGAAGAGGAUCCAUACAGAGAGCACUACAUCCCGGUUACUCGCCAGUCCCUUAUCCGACACAUGAUUGAGGAAAGAGACUUUCUCACAGACAAAGAGAAAAAGAUUUUUCCAGAUUUUGCCCUUGCUCUAGACAGUGCUCUUGUCAGCAGAUACAACCAUGUUUUACAAGAACUGAAAGUGUUGUUUGAUCCUAUCAACCCGGACAAGGAUACGGUAAAAACUCGUGAGUGGACACGAGGAGAGAAACUGGACAAUGAGUUUUGGCUGCUACAACAUUUGGAAGAUGUGAUGGAAAAGGCCAACUUUUACGAGCUGCCGCGUGCUAAAGUCGAGCGCUUCCUUCAAGAACACGAGGCUCAUGAAGGAGUUCGGGUGAGCGUGAACCCCAAUCGCUACGACGUGCUGCGGUUCUGGGUGCUGGGACAUGAGGUGCCGGAGGUGCAGCUGUCGCUGAAGGAGAGGCUGAUGAACAAGCUGCUGCGUCGAUCUCCACGUCCAGCUGCUGAGUACUACAAGCGAGUUGUGGUUGCCAUUAGGCUGAAGAAAGACUCCAAGCUGAUCCUCAAAGCUUUCAAAGAGGUCCCCACCAGCAGUCUUGAGAUGUUGCUGCCAGAUGGAACCAUCCAGAUGUCCACCAUGGACAAAGGUGUCCUCGUCACCUCUGCCGGUAUUGCAGCCUUUGGUGUGUUGGCCAAAGCAGUCACUGUUCUGGCUAGUGUCCAUGUUGACUGGAUGUUGUUGUUAACGCUGGUCACUGGCUCGAUUUCCUUCAGAGCAUGGAGUUUGUACAAACACAGGAGGAACUCUUACUUAGUGGAUGUGUCCAGGACUCUUUAUUUCAAGAAUGUGGCCAACAACCGUGGUCUGCUGUCACUGCUGGUGGAUCGAGCAGAAGAUGAAAGCUUUAAAGAGGCUCUCCUGACAUACGCUUUCCUCCUCAAUUCUCGGCCAGAGGUCACACGAGACAAACCGACCACAAAUUACCUGGUCAAUCAGCUUGGUGGCCUCACAGAGGAGGAGAUUCAGGAUGAGGUGGAGGACUGGAUUGAGCGGAAGACCGGCGUCCAGCUCAGCUUCGACACUGGGGAAGCAAUCCGCCUGUUGCAAGAUCUGGGGCUCUUGUCUGAGAAAAAUGGCAAGUACCAUGUACUUAUGCUAGACGCAGCCCGUCGCAUCCUGCCGCAGAACCCGCAGUCAGUGAUUGCAGGCCGUGUCACGGAGGCCGAUAUCACCGAAGGUUACGAUCGGGACGAGUAUCUAGAGACGGAGGAAGAGUAUAAGGCAGAGGAGGAGAAGACGCGGAAGUACGGCUGGUUUUGAAAGUUGUGAAAGAGUCGAGCUUCCCUCCAGCCCCCACCCUAUCCCCGCCACAGUUCUUGUUAUUUGAAAUAGAAAUCUUGUUUUGAAAAACUCUGCCUGUUGUGAGAUAACGAUGAUACUGCUACGUGGAUGUGAUUGAUGGUUGGAACGCAACAGUAGUUUUGUUUUUUUUGCGUACUGGUCAAGUGGUUUAUGGGCCUCUCCCUUCUCUCUCAUGAUAGUUGUUUGUACCAAUUAUUUUCUGGAAGAGAGUAAGGAAAGUGUGAAAUAAUUUUGAUUGCUUGGGAUUUUAAUAGCCAAAAUACUGAGAUUUCUGUUUGUUUUAAGAAGUGCUUUCAUAUUAUGUUCUGUGAGUGUUCGAGCAUUAGUGACAAUGGAAAUGCUUGUAAUAUGCGUAUUCUUGAACAGCCAGUCCCUCUAACCCCUUCACUGCCAGGCACAAGAUUGUUUUUGGUUCAUUGAAAUGUUUUUUUGGGGUUUUUUUUUUUAGAAGACCUGGCAGUGAAGUUUAGUCAAGUACACCACUGAUUGCCUACAAUAUUUUGCCUCUUCAUGGAAUAUUGGAAGUUUAGUGGUAUAAGUUAGAGAUCAUUAACAUAUUAUUUUGCCUUUGUUGUGAUCUCAGUUUUGAGUUACAGACACAAAGAUAGUUCUGGUGUCAUGUGCCUAUGAAAUGUAUGAAAGUAUCAUAAUGCCAGGGAACCUGUUUAUGAUCUUGUGCGAAAGUGUUAAUGUACAUUUUUUCCUUUAAGUAAAAUGUCAUAGCAAGAGUUCUAAUAUCUGGAAAUAUUAACAAGUCAGUGAGAGGAGUAAGUGCAUGUUGAAGUGGUGUGGCAUGGUAUACAUCAUGGUUUGGGCUUUGUGUAGAUUUAUCUGUUACUGAAUUAUAAUCUGUUUUAAUUAAUAUAUAUUAGGAUCAUUGGGUAGUUAUUAACGACUGUAUAACAGUGUGAACCUAUGCAGUGGAGUACAGUGAACAUGUGCAGGUUGAAAUGAGGGUUUUCAGAAGUUCUAUUUAGAAUGUGAAUAAACCAUAGGGUGCUAUAAGUCCCGCUGUUAAGAAAGAUGUUUGGCAUUGCCUUGUAGUCAAAAGUUCUGUUGGAUUCAAAAUGGAAUGACUGGGACCAUUGAGCACCAAUUGUCCAGUUUUCCUGCUGUUUUUGUCUCGGUUUUCCUGUCAUACAUUUUCGCUUUCUAAGACAAAGAUACUUGUGGGCGUGCUGGUUGAGAGAUUAGAGGCGUGACGAGAGAAUGAUAAACACAAAGAAGAAAGAGAGAUAACACUAAUUGGUGUUUGAUGAGAAAAAAAGGAGAGAAUCACACCGGAGCACUUGCCAACCACCCACUAAAACUGACCGGGUUUCUGCCCUUUCAUGGCAGCAGACGGGAAAACAAUUGCCCCAGCCCCCUAAGCUGCUGACUUGACCCUGUGCAGACUUGACCACCGGCUGUGUGCUCUAUCUCUGUGGGAAGUCCAGCAGGUGGUCACUCAUUGCUUGCCCCGGCCUUGCAACUGGAUGCAUGUUAUCUCUAGUGAAGAAAGCGUUGAUGUAAUCCUUAUGGCCUAUGUCAAACUUGGGAUUCCAAAUCUGAAUUAUUGAAGUGAAAUAUGAGUGAUUGUACAGAAAUGUUGGCAACCUUGUAUGAUGGCAUUGCACAAGCUUGUAAAAUUUGUGAUAAUGUGUCAAAGUUAAUGAGAUGGAAAAAUUUUGUUUAGUAUAGUGCUCUCUCCCCCCCCCACAACCUGAAAAACUCCCUCAAAUUCCUUUUCUUUUUUUUUCUUUUUUUUUUUACAACAAAUAAAGGGAAGUGAAAGGGAAAGUAAACAACAUGAAGCUCUCUGCAGUGACAGAUGUAAGAGAAUGGCUCUGUCUCUCCAGUGGCCUUUAGUUGUGUUGCUGUAAUGGUUAUUUUUAUUGAGUCUCAUGUUCUGUUCAUGUAUCUAAAAAAAAAUUUGUGAGUCUUGGAUGAGAGUUUAGUUUGAUUGUAGUAGGGUCUCAUUACAUGCGUGUUGUGCUAAAAAUAACAAAUUAGAGUUAUGAUAACUAUGCAAAAAGAAAAUAUUGGUUUUUGUUAUCUUCUUGUAAAUCUAGUGCAAUAGAGUACUUUUGCUGUAUGGAUGUAUGUUCAGAUUGCAUGUGUGUAUGCUGAAACUCUGCACGUUAGAGAAUGUUUGCUUGUUUGUGUUCGUAAAUGUGAAGUCUAAGAUCGAGUUGUGUAGUGUGUUGAUUUGUCAUAAAGGAUUACUUGUACAUGAUGAAUUUUCACUAAUCCCGUUCCUCUCAGAAUUUGUACGCUGUACAUUUUCUAUUCCAUAGUAUUGUUGCUUGUAUUUAUUAUGUGAUACUAUCUGGUUCCUAUCUGAGUGAUCUCUCUGUUCUGUUUGCAUUUCUGUUUCUGAUACUUUUGGAGUAUGUAUGAAGUUGGAGCAUUAGCGUAUCUUGGCGGAGUGUAGACACAGAGAAGACAUGUAACUUAAAUCACGUAAAUAUAUAAAUAAAUUUGUAUAUGACUUGA